AUGGGCACCUACGUUUUCCGAUGGCCGCGCGAGGCAAACGAGGUUUUCGUAACCGGUACCUUCGACGAUUGGGGAAAGACGGUUCAGCUGGAAAAGAAGGGCAGUGUGUUCGAGAAGGAGGUGCACCUUCCAGCUAUUGAAGAAAAGGUCCAAUACAAGUUUGUUGUUGACGGAGCUUGGGUCACUGAUAGCGACGCUCGUCAAGAAAGCGACGGACACAACAACAUAAACAACGUUCUCCUACCCGAGGACUUGAAACCAACCACCAAACCAACCACCGAAUUUGAAUCAUUGACCGGAGGAAAUACCGCUGCAGCAGUCAUGGCUGGCGUCGUCCCCGAAGCCACUACCGCCCAAUUGGCAGGCGAGGUCCCCAAGGAAAACGGCUCGUCAGUGCCUGGCGGGKUCCCCGAAACCCCCGCAACUGAAGUCAACGAACUAUCCGUCAACCCUCUUCCCGCCACCAAUGGGGCCGCAAACCCAGUGAAGCUUGCUCCUGGAGAACCCGUCCCGGAACCCAGCACCAUCCACACCAACACUGUCGAAUCAACCGUUAGGACCGACAAGGAAGGCUAUGAAGCCGACGCCAGUGAUCCUUCCUUCUUGAAGAAGGAAGAGCCUAAAGCCGAUGUGCUCUCAGUCCCUCCUGUGCCUGCAGGUGGUCUUAUUCCCGAGUCUAGUCUUCCUUUGAACCCCCCUGAGACUUCUGAGCCUGGUGUGACGAUCCAAUCUGCCCACCCUACUUCAACCACCUCUGCGCUUGCAGGGCAGGUUCCUCUUGAAUCGCAAAAGAACGCCGAAGUGGCCAGCGAUGUCCCGGAAGUUGUCAAGGAGUCUCUUACCAAGGCCCAUCAAGACCCUGAAGCAGCCGCAAAUGCGGAAGCAGUUGAGGAAAAGGCAGAGGUUGAGAAGGAACUCCAGAGCAAGGUUGGGGUCGCAGGUGCCUCUGCCGUCCCAGCUAGCGGUGUCCCAGAAGUCGUCAAGGAGUCGCUUGAAAAGGCACACCAAGACCCCGAAGCGGCUGCAAAUGCAGCCGUCGUUGAAGAGAAGAAGGAGGUUGAGCAGGAGUUACAGUCAAAGGUUGCCCCUACUGAACAAUCCGGCGAACCAGCACCAACCACUAGCGCUGCUACCGCCGCCACAGCUCCUACCACUGCUGCCGUCGACUCUGCCGAUGUCUCUCCCAACACCACCUCUCCUCCCGCGACUGCCACUCAAACUCAACCUACCGUAACCACCGGUGUCGCCUCUGGCACCACUGCGGAAGAGUCCAAGGCCGUCGGAGCUUCUACUCAGGACAACGCCAAGGAGAAGAAGAAGAAGAACCGCGCUAGUGGAUUUUUCCAGAAGCUCAAAGAAAAGCUGAAAUAG